CAAUACAAAAUUUACCAUUCUGCAAUUCCCAAAUUAUCUCCUUUGCGACCUUAUCAUUUUCUCCCUCACAAGCUCCUUCAUUUCCACUCUAAUGGCUACUCCAAGCCUCUCUCUCCAUCCCAAAACCCUAUCUUCCACCUACAAAACCCUAACAAUCCUUAAUCUCUCCUGCCCCUUUCCCUCUACCUCCAUAUCAUUCAUUCCCUGCACUUCCACGCCCCAAAUUCCAUCAAGAACUGCCGCUAUUCCUGUGUUGAGAGCCAUAACUGAUGGGGAUUACUCUUCCAAAAGAAGCAGCAGCAGUGAGGAAAGGGAAACGAUAAUGUUACCUGGCUGUGACUAUAAUCACUGGCUUAUUGUUAUGGAGUUCCCUAAAGACCCUGCUCCUACUAGAGAGCAAAUGAUUGAGACUUAUCUAAACACUCUUGCCACCGUUCUUGGAAGUAUGGAAGAAGCGAAGAAGAAUAUGUAUGCGUUUAGUACGACCACAUAUACUGGAUUUCAAUGCACUGUAUCUGAAGAGACAUCAGAGAAAUUCAAAGGUUUGCCAGGUGUUUUGUGGGUUCUGCCGGAUUCAUACAUUGAUGUUAAGAACAAGGACUAUGGAGGAGAUAAGUACAUUAAUGGAGAGAUAAUUCCUUGCCAAUACCCAACUUAUCAACCAAAGCAGUCUAGAAGUUCAAAAUACAAGAGCAAAGCAUACGUGAGACAGAGAGAUGGUCCUCCAGCUGAACGAAGAAAACCAAGACAAGAAGCAACUCCUGAAUCUUCCUCUUGAUGAACGGUCAGUAGGUGGCGAAUUGGUUGCAGAGUUGAAUUAGUAUUAGUGAAAUGCUAUUAUGUCGUUAAUAGUUUUAAAAGGUAGGAGGGUUUUAUGGCAAUGGGAGGUCCAUAGAGGUUACCAAACUCAGCUUAUUUCUUAAGCUUUGGUCACCGGUUCUUGUUGUCGAUUAUUGACAUUGAGACCAGUUCAUAGUUGUUCUAUGUGAGCAACAACAGUCAAUGCAGUGUGAGUGUGUAAUGGAGAACUGAUUUUGUCUCCUUGGUGUUCUAUGUUCCGGCAGCUUGAACUUAUUUCUCCUGCAACUAGUUCGCUUUAUUUACUUGUGAAAUGUUAUGUAACCAAGUUUUCACUAAGCGGAUAUAGCCAUGUGUGUUUGGUAUA